AUGGCCACACUUACUAGUGUUUCAUCCUUUGGUAAUAUCAAGGGCCCGGAUGUACCAGACUUUGGAGCUUUUAAAGUAUCAUCAGAGCUAUUCGGAUGGAAAAAUAAGAGAACAGGGGAAGUAAUACAGCACAGAAGCACGGACGUGUCAACAAUAACGUUCGUGAAGACGAAUUCAAGUAGGAAUAGCUUAAAAAGUGGCAUCAUAAACAUUUUAGACCUGUAUCAACUGAGAAUAGAGUUGAAUGAAUCAAAAAACUACAAGGUCCUGAGAUUUGACGGAUUCACGGAGAAGAACGUCCACGACCUGAACAACCACUUCACCGAACACUAUAAGUUGAGCUGCGAAAAGGAUGAAGUCGCAGGAAGCGGCUGGCACUGGGGAACCUACGAGUUCGAGAACGCAACCUUCCGCCUGAGGAUCAACAACAGCUCGGGCAUCGACAUAGACACGAAGUCAAUAGCGCAAGCGACAAUUCCGUCGAAGACGGACCUGGCAAUCGAGCUUAAAACAAACAGCACAGUGUUCAAUUCAGACGAUUUGGUGGAGAUUAGGUUCUGCGUCCCAGGAAAGACCGACCCCGAGGACGCAGAGAUACAGCUGGAGGACCUGAAACAGACUUUCUUGAUGAAAAGCGGUUUGGAUGAGAUGAAGAGUGAGAAGAUCGCCCUGCUCAUGGACGUGCCGCUCAUAGUGCCCAGAGGAAGGUACGAGAUUGAGUUCACGAAGAGGAGCAUAAAGCUGCACGGAAAGAGCUACGACUACACACUGCUGUACUCGAACGUAAUAAGGAUGUUUCUCCUGCCGAAGCCGAACAGUCCUCACGUUAACUUCAUACUAGCUACGCAAUCACACGCACUCACGUGCCCAUGCGAAGGAAAUUUUGGAGAACAGUUGGCUGUUAUCGGUUACGAUUUUGAGCAUGUUUAA